GUUGCCAUGUCAGUGCAGGGGCGGCGGUGCGAGUGGCUCAUAAGAUGGUUGGCCAUGGCGGCGAGGUUUCGGAAGUGAGGGCCAGAGUUGCGGCCAAGCUGGUGGCAGAUGACAGAGUGCUGGCGCUAUUUCGCGGGGAGGCUGCUGCAAAACAAAGGAAAACCAUGUACACUAUGCUUUGGAAUUGUGCCGCAGAUCAUUUUCGGUCAAAAGGUUACGAGAUCAGUGCUGAGAUGUUUGAAAAAUCAAUGCUUUACAUUCCAUAUGACAUUGAAAAUAGAAGUCAUCGGACCAAAGGCUUUCGAGUUUUAUGUCUUUGUUAUCUUGGUCUUUCUCUGCUCGAUCGAGCUCAAGAAUAUGUCAAUGAGGCUGAAAAGCUAGAACCCAGCAUAGCUUGUGCUUUUCUGAAGUUCAAAAUCUUUCUUCUAAAGAAUGAUAAUACGGCGGCCAUCAAUCAGAUCCAAUCCAUGAUGUCCUGCCUUGAUUUUACGCCAGAUUUUCUCUCACUCUCUGCUCAUGAAGCUGUUGCUUGCCGAGCUUUUCCUGUGGCAGUUGCCUCUCUUUCGAGCCUAUUAGGUUUUUAUUCUCCAGGAAAACCUAUGCCAGCAAGAGAAGUUGUAGUACUACGUACCUUAGUAACCAUCCUCACCCAAGAAACCAGCGAUGAUUUAGAAAUCCUCAAAGCUAUGAAACGCGCUUGUGAGAGGGCAAUGGAACUUGGGUCUGGUUGCUUCUUUGGAGAAGGGGAAGUAGGAAGGCGGGAACAAAACUGGUUUGCUGUGACUUGUUGGAACUUUGGAACAAGAAUGGGGAGGGAGAGGAAAUUUGAAUUAUGCGCUGAAUUUCUGCAGUUGGCUUCCAACUUUUACUCUGCUUUGGCUGAUGAAGAACAAGCGGAAGAAAACAAUGUCUUGGUUUUCAGAUCACUAACUCUGGCUGCAACUGCUAUGAUAGCUUCUGAAGAACAGACAAAGGUCACACUGACAAACGCCAGAGUCAAACAAGCCAAAGAAUUGUUAGGUAGAGCUGGUAAGAUCAUGAAGCUGAUUUCCACAGAGAAGCAAGUGAACAACAACGAAGACAUUCAGCGCCUAGAGGCAGAAAACUUGUUCAUCUACACAGUCAGUGCCUACGACAUCCAUGGAAGGCUGAACGAUCCAGUAUCCCAACAACACGUAGUGAAAAGCUUCGCCAUCUCCAAGGUCUGCAAUCCCAAAUAUCUGCUUCAAAUCGGGCUCUACGCCUUGCAGGGCCCUCGAUUGAAUCUAGAAGCAGCCAAUUUCGCACUCAACGAGUGCCUAUCAGCACUCCUCUCUUCCCCAUCGCCAGAUUUUCAUAACAUUGCUCUUGUUUUCCGGAAGCUAAUCGCCAUGACAAGCAUUAACAAAGGCGAAACAGAUGAUUCAGUGUAUGAAAUGUACAGGCGAGGUUAUAGGAUAAUGGUGGGGCUGAAGGAAGGGGAGUAUCCGUUGGAAGAGGGGAAAUGGCUUGCCAUGACAGCGUGGAACCGGGCAGGUGUGCCCGUGAGGAUGGGGCAGACUGACGUGGCAAAGAAAUGGAUGGAUUUGGGGCUGGAAAUAGCGAGGCAUGUUGGAGGAAUGGAGAAUUACAGGACGUGCAUGGAGGAGUUCGUUAAUGGCUUCCAGAACAAGGUCUCAAUGCACACAGAAUGAUGCUUGACAUUGUAAGUAUCGGAUUUAUGCUAUUUGAUUUCUUUUGGAUACAUGAAUAUUGGCAUAGUAAAAGAGAAUUAGAAGCAUAGCUGAAACAGUAGAUAGGUGGAAGACAAAUCUUCGUUCAAUAGUUCAAAGAAAUGGGAUGAAAAUAUAAGCUGUGGAUAAAAAGAGUUAUGGAAUGUUGAGUUAUUUGUUGCAAGGUGGAGAGUUCUUCCAAUAAAAGAAAUGAUGUAAAGUUGUAGGAAAUUAUUGAAAAUUUGUGACCAUAAGUAGUAAUGUGCAAUGAAACCCUCCAAGGGAGUGUUGGAUGAAUAAGAUACAUGGUUUUGGUGA